AUGUCCAAGCGGCGGGUGCGGCUGGUGGCUGCGGAGGAGGAGCAGACGGACGGCGACGGCGACGCGUGGCUGGUGAACACAGUCGAAGCCAGCGCCGCGGAGCCGAAAAUGAAGACGGUGACGGUGAACGGCCAGCAGCUGGCCAUGGUCGUGGACACGGGGAGCCCGGUGUCGCUGGUGAGCGCGGAGACAGCGCGGCAGCUGGGACUUCUGCAGCUGCUGGACCCAUGUGACCUGCGCCUGACCUCGUUCACAGGUCAGGUCAUUCCCUUGAGAGGGGAGGUGCUGGUCAGCGUCACGGCGUCGGACAGAUCCGCGACCCGUCUGCGGCUGGUGGUGACCGGUUUUGGGCCCCACCGCCCGCUGAUGGGACGCGAGUGGCUGCAGGCGCUUGAUCUGAUGACGUCACCGGCUCGGGUAUGCCGCGUGCAGCCGGCGCGGACGCUCGAAGGCGUGCUGGAGAGGCACUCGGCGGUCUUCAACGAGGAGCUGGGACGCAUCCCGAUCAAGGUGGGACUGCGGCUGAAGUCGGACGCCAAGCCGGUGUACCGACGGGCGCGUCCGGUGCCGUUCGCCCUGCAGGAGGCGGUGGACCGCGAACUGGACCGGUGGGAGGAGCAGGGCGUGGCAGAGAAGGUGCCACCAGGGAGCGGCUGGGGGACACCGCUGGUGGUCAUCCCGACGCGGAAUGGCGUCCGCAUCUGCGCAGACUACAGGCUGACUGUCAACCCUCAGCUGGAGCAGACCAAGUACCCGAUGCGAACAGCAGAUGAGCUGUUCUCCGGCGUCCGGGGGAAACGGUUUGCAAAGCUGGACUGCAGGAGCGCCUAUCUGCAGGUGGAAUUGGACGAGAACAGCAAGAAUGCUACCACGGUGACGACACACAGAGGCGAUUACAGGAUGAACAGACUGCCGUAUGGCAUCUCUGUCUGUGGGGCACUGUACCAGUCCGUGAUGGAUCAGAUCACGGCGGGACUGCCCGGCACUGUCAGCUACAUGGACGAUGUGCUGGUGUGGGCUGACACGGAGGAGGAGCUGCUGGAACGGCUGGACGCGACCCUGACUAGGAUGGAGGAGAACGGCAUCCGCCUGAGGCGAGAGAAGUGCAGCUUCAAUGUGCCGGAGGUGACCUACCUCGGGUGGCGUCUGUCGGCGGACGCGCUCCGUCCGCUGGCAGGGAAGACGGAGUCGAUCCUGCAGGCGCCAGACCCGGUGAACCAGCAGGCGCUGAAGUCGCUGAUCGGCACGGUGAGCUACUAUCAGCGGAUCCUGCCGGGACUGGCUACCGUACUGACACCUCUGUAUGCGCUGCUAAAGAAAGGAGUGAAGUGGCAGUGGACGGAGCAGUGCGCGGCGGCAGUGAAGAAGGUGAAGACAAUGCUGUCAUCAGCCCCAGUGCUGGUGCGGUUCGAUCCUGACCGACCGGUGCGGCUGGUGACGGACGCCAGUGAGACGGGACUCGGCGCGGUACUGAUGCAGGUGACGGCUGAUGGACUGGAGAAGCCGGUACAGUACGCGUCUCGUACUCUAACGCAGACUGAGCGGAAGUACGCGCAGGUAGAGAAGGAAGCUGCGGCCGUGUCAUUCGGAAUACGGCGCUUCCACCAGUACCUGAUGGGCAGGCGGUUCACCCUGGUAGUGGACAACCGCACGCUGUCGCGGAUCGUCAGCCCGGACAGGGAUCUGCCCACCCUCGCGGCAGCUCGUAUGCAGCGGUACGCGCUUCAGCUGGCGGCGUAUCAGUAUGAAGUGGAGCUGCGGCGCUCCGGAGACAUGAGAGCGGCGGACACGCUGUCCCGUCUGCCGGUGAGCAGUCCGGCGGAGGAGCGGGAGGCGGCGGAGGAAGAGGCUGAGUACGGCGGAGGAGGCGUCAUGUUCGUCGUGCAGGAGCAGGGACCAUGCCUCUCGGCCAGGGCCAUCGCAGCGGCCACGCGCACGGAUCCGGUGCUGGGUCGCGUACUGGCUGCGGUGCGGUCCGGCUGGCCGGGGACGGUGGACGCCGAGCUGACGCCGUACAAGCAUAGAGCGGACGAGCUGUCGACGGACGCCGACUGUGUGCUCUGGGGCGGCCGUGUGGUGGUGCCGAGGGCUUUGCAAGAUCGUGUGAAGCAGCAGCUACACGAGGGGCACAGCGGCUGCACAAAGAUGAAGCAACUUGCCCGUCGGUUUGUCUGGUGGCCGGGGCUGGACGCUGAACUGGAGGCGCUCGCUCGGGGCUGUCCAGCCUGCGAGUCGAAGCGAGCGGCGCCGCCGCACGAGGAGCGGCACCCCUGGGAACCCGCUCAAGGACCCUGGCAGCGGGUGCAUGCCGAUUUUGCCGGACCUCUGAAGGGCACCUGGUUCCUGGUGAUGGUGGAUAGUUUCUCCAAGUGGGCUGAAAUGAUCCCAAUGAAGACGACCACGUCCGAGCGGACCCAGACGACAGCGGAGGCAUGGAACUGGCGCUCGCCCGAGUUCUGA